CGUGACUUUUGUGGAGCGAUGGCUAACGACGCUUCUGAGGGUGGCUUUUGUCGAUAUGUGCAAGAGGGUCCCUGGUUCGAGCCCAGGUAGGGGCGAGGAGAGGGACGGAAGCUAUACUGUUGCUCCUUUCCAAUAAAUAUCGAGGGUCGUAUUCUUUAUGCGGAUUUUAGAAUUUUCGCAUGAAAAUCUCUUGCCAAUUGAAAGAAAACCUACUGUAGCUAGAGUUACACGAACCAGACAGUUUUCACAAUUAUAUGCAGCAACAUAUUAUAGUGAGACUCCAAGUUUACUUCGAUAUGAUGGUUAUUAUAUAAGUAUUGGCGCAUAAGGCGUUCCACUACCAUUUCUCGAAUCAUUCAUUUUACUGACACAAAAAGAUCAUCUGUCAGCAUUUAUAACAUUGUAACGAAAUUGACUGUUUCCAUCACAGCUGCCGUGAUUUAAAAAAAAUAUAUGGUAUGCUUUACUGGCAUAAAAACUGGAUGGAAACGUGGGUUCUGUUGUUAUUUUAAUCUUGACACCGUCAGUUAGCAUUCUAACUGUUCUGCCACUCCAAUCCGCUACGGCGCGCUGUAGUUCCAAGAGGGAGUAGUUAUUAACCCGCCUACCAGCCAACACAAAAAGGAAGCUCCUGAGCCGCCAUUUCAUGUGCGAGCAGCUAAGAGAACGGGGAGCAAAGAUGAGCUACGGAAGGCCUCCGCCCGAUGUCGAGGGUAUGUCCUCGCUCAAAGUGGACAAUCUCACGUACCGGACCUCGCCUGAGACCCUACGCCGAGUUUUCGAGAAGUAUGGCCGGGUGGGAGACGUGUACAUCCCCCGCGAUCGGUACACUAAGGAGAGCCGUGGUUUCGCCUUUGUGAGGUUCCACGAUAAGCGCGACGCUGAAGACGCGAUGGACGCCAUGGACGGGGCCUUGCUCGAUGGGCGGGAACUGCGAGUGCAGAUGGCGCGAUAUGGCCGUCCACCAGACUCUCACUUCGGGCGCCGAGGCGGCAGUGGACCCCCAAGGAGGCAUGGAGGCUACGGGCGCAGGAGCAGAAGUCGUUCGGCCAGCCCCCGCCGGCGAAGACACAGUCGUUCCCGAAGCAGGAACCGCAGUCGUGGCCGUGACUACAGCCGCUCACGGUCUCGUUCCUACUCUAGAUCCCGUUCCAAGUCCCGCACACCCCGCAAGAGCAAGUCCCCAUCCCGAUCAAGGUCCCGCAGCCGCACCCCGGCUUCUAACAGAGGCUCACGGUCGAGGUCCAAGAGCAUGCCCAAAUCCCCCGAUGACAACGGAACCGAGUCUUAGUAACAACAGUUCCAAGCCAGACCCGAUGUCAGACGAUUGAGACUUCUUCUCUGUGGACGUCAACCAGAGCUUAAGUCUGCCAGUGGACACCUCUCUACGCCUAACAGAAUACUGACCAAAAGGUUGUGACUUGGUCUAAAAUGUUUCAGUUGCCCAUAAAUAGACUACUAUAUAUUUACCAAUGCGUGUAAUGCCGUUGACUAGAGUGAAGGACAUGUUUUGAGGUUAACUGUAUUUUGUCUCAUUGUUAGUGCGGGUUGGUUGCAUAUUAAUUUGAUUUAAACUUUUAUGAAGUAGCCCCCCCUCUUUUUUAAAAAAUUAAUUGAAGCCCUUAUUUAGUAGUCUAAUUCUCUACAGAAGGAUUCCCGUAUUGAGUUACUGCUGUUCUUCUUUUGGAGAGUUGAAUUUAGCAGUUACCCUAAACCAGCAACAUGUAGAGGGAAACCAUUUAAGCCAAAAUUGUAUAAUAAAAAUGUAACAUUUUACGUAAUUCACUAACCUGACUAGGAGUGCAGAUAGUUUUUUUUAUUUUUAUGUAUGUACACUGAGUACACCAAACAUUAGGAACACCUUCCUAAUAUUGACUCUUUGCCCUCAGCUAGCCUCAUUUCAUGGGUGAAUGGACUACAUGGUGUCGAAAGCGUUCCGCAGGAAUGCUGGCCCAUAUAGACUCCAAUGCUUGCCACAGUUGUCCAGUUGGCUGGAUGUCCUCUGGGUGAUGAACCAUUCUUGAUACACACGGGGUGCUGUUGAGCAUUAAAACCCCAGCAGCUUUGCAGUUCUUGACACAAACCUGUGUGCCUGGCACCUACUAUCAUACCCUGUUCAAGGGCACUUAAAUCUUUUAUCUUGCGCAUUCACCCUCUGAAUGGCACACAUACACAAUCCAUGUCUCAAUGCUUUAAAAUUCUUCUUUAACCCAUCUCCUCCCCUUCUACACUGAUUGAAGUUUAUUUAGCAAGUGACACCAAUGAGGGAUCAUACUUUCACCUGGUCAGUCUGUCAUGGAAAGAGCAGGUGUUCUUAAUGUUUUCUAUACUCAGUGUAUAAUGUUGAUACAUUUUUUUGUCUCUGGUAUGCAUUUACUUAAUCCCCUCUUGUGUCAUCUUUUGUGCACUAGGCGCAGUUGUGUAGCAGUUGAGUAUUGCUGGUUAGCUGUUAAGGUGCGAUGCAGUGCUGAUGGUGAGGUGGCAGUGCCGUGGCUGGCGGGGGUGUUGCGGUGCCCGGUGAGUGCCCGGUGCAGUUGCCGCCCUGCUAUCGACCUCUUGCUGCUGCCGUUUGCCUGGUUCUGGUCUGUAAGAAUAAAUCAAUCACUGCUGUGGUGGCAGAUCUGAUCAUCCCAUCUCUCUCCCUCUGUUGACUUGAUGUACCAAUACUAUUUUCUUCCCUCUUUCUCCAUCCCUAGCCUGGUGGAACCAGUCUGAUCAUUGUAUUAUCGAUCAGGCUGGUUCCAACAGGUUAACUAUCCUACACCCCCCCCCCCCCCCCCCCCCCCCCCUGUGCUUUAGUCCUCUGUUGUGAGCUGGUUGUAUCCACUGAUGGAAGAGUGUUAUGGCUCGAUAGAGGAAGGUUGGAUAAAGGGCAUCCCACUAGCUUGAAAAAUUAGUCUCAGUAUUCUUUUGUGAACCCUCACAAGAUGUCUUGUAAAUGCUCCAGGUGAAGGCUAAUAAAAACGUCAAAUUUG